AUGAAUAAUUCAUUAUUUUAAGAAUCUAUCAAAUUAAUUGAACUAAAGAAAAACUUAGAAAUUAUGCAAUCUAAAUAAUCACCUCUAAUUCAAUUAACAAAAGAUGAUAUUUUAUAACUCCAAAAUUAAUAAAUAAAACAAGAUACUACAUAACAAAAUAUCAAUGUUUUUUUCAAUUCAAAUACUAAUUCAAAGGUUAGUGCAAUGAAAGGAAAUAGAAGAAAUCAAUCCAUUCAAAAAUCAUAACCAAAAGUCUAGUUUCCCUUUUUAGAAUAAAACAAUCUAGAUUAAGAAAUUAAUCAAAAUCUUAUCUUAGGAUAAAAUGAAGAAAUUAAAUUAGAUCUUAGUAAAUUAAAUGCAAUCAACAGAAUGGAAAAAAAGAAAAAAAAAAGUAAAAACUAUUAAAAAUUUUAUUAUUAGAUGAAACUUAAUCUGCUAACAGUAAGAGAUCAAUUAGAUCAAAUUGGACAAACAAAACAUUUAAAGAAAAAGCAGAAGAAGUUGCAGUUCCAGCAGUUGGAACUGCCAUUGUUGGUUCUUUAGGAGUAAUGUUAGCUAAAAAUGUUUUAAAAGGAAAAUAAUAAUUAUUGGGAAUAAUACCAGCAUUAGCCUGCAGUGCUUAUUAUUAUUACAAAGUAAAGAAACAAAAUGAAGUCGAAAUGGAAUUUGAAGAUGAAGAAGAUAUAAAUUCGGAAGAAGAACAAGAUAGUACAAGAUUAGAAUAAUGA